CUAUUUUUUUGGAUAGUUGAUUAAAUUUCACAUUUUCUGUGGUUGUAGUUGCAAUACUCUGAAAGAAAUGAUAGGCACGUGACAAAAAUGGUUUCCUACUGUGCUUUUCACAGUACUCCCGACCCAGACAAUGUGUUGGUAGUGAAGACACCUGAAGGAGUUUUCUCUACCAAAUUUUUGCUCCAAAGUAGUGAGAAACAGACUGCUACAAGACUUGUCAGGAAGGAAAAUCACCCAGAGAAGGUGCUUCCUGCUAAAAUUUCUGACUGUCCAGCUGCAAGGUGCCUAACUUAUGAAAUGCUGAAAAACAAGAAAGAACCACAAGAGGCAAUUGCACACCGAAUAAUGGGACCACAACAACAUUCCCAAGAUUUGAUCGAGGCUUUAAACACAUGCAUGGAUCAUAAUGAUGACCAACUAUUUUCUACGUUUAAAGAACGGCUUUGUUACUUACAGAAAACUGAAAAUAAGAGGGUCUCUUGUGGUUUAUCUGGAAUACAUGGAUGGGGUCUCUUUGCUGCUAGGAAAAUUCAAGAGGGGCAAAUGGUAUAUCAUGUCAAGUCAAAUUUUCUAUGUUAAGCGUGUCAAAAUUAUUCACAUUGCUGAUCCAGUUAGUUUGUUGAGUAUAUCUACGAUGACAUGUUGAAGAACAUGCAUCAACAUAAGAAUACAGUUAUAAGUUAUAUAUAUGGCAAUUGGUAGAUUAAAUUUCCACUAUGUAUAUUUGUUCAUGUGUCUAGACUACAGAAGAGCACAGUUUGUUAUCUGCACGCUCGUACUCCAUUUAAUGAAUAUUAGUGAUCUUCUAUGCAAAAUUACAGAAAAUUUAUGUAUUUGGUUGCACAAAUAUUGGUUUCCAUGUCUCCCUGAAUGUAUGUUUGAGCAGGAACCUUUUUUAGCAGGUCAUUAUAACUUUAUUUGUUCUACAUUACAAUAUUGUGUGAUUUUCUGCCUAUUUUUCUUGAAUUGCUU